AUGGAGGAAUCUUCAUUUACUAUACCAGCUGACGACAAUGGUGAUACUGAGCUUGAUCCUAGAAUACAGGUGGAGUUGGAGAAGUUGAACGCUGCCACGGACGAGAUCAACAAACUAGAGCUGGAGUUAGAUGAGUCUAUGAAAACCUUUCAUCUGCUGCUGAACGAGACUUCGCGACGUCUGCAAGCGUUGACCAAACGUCUCGGCACCUGCGUGGACAGGUCCAGGCCGUACCACGAGGCUGUGGCGGCUGCUGCCACCGCCAGGGGAGAGUGCCAACGGGCAGCGGUGCAGUUCCAAAGAGCGAGCGAGCUGCACGCGGCCGCCAAGGAGACGGUGACCCUAGCGGAACAGCGGUUCGUGAGCAAACAGGACGAGUGGCAGUUCGACAGCAACUGGCAAGAAGUACUAAACCAUGCCAUCAUCAAGGUUAUGGACGCGGAGAAAAGGAAGGCCGAGAGCGGGCGUGAGCAUCAAAAGAAGGCCGCAGCAUACAUCGCCGCAGAGAGAAAGGUGACGCAACUGGAGGAGAAUCUAAAGAGGAGCAUAAUAAAAUCGCGCCUUUACUUCGAGGAGAAGAAGCUGUGCGACGAGCAGCUGCAGACGCAGAACGGGAAGAUCGAGCGGCUGCAGCGCUCGAUCGCCGACGCGAAGUACCGCUACUCGAAGUCGCUCAAAGCGCUCGAGGAGAUCUCCGAGGAGAUCCACAGGCGCCGCGGGGAGUACCCGCCCGGGGGGCAGGUGCCGGUGGGGCCGCGCGAGCCGGGCGUGGGCGCCGAGCGGGACCCCAUCCACGAGGAGGCGCCGCCGGACGACAGGGACGAGGAGCCCAGCCUGCAGGAGCUGAGGAAGAGGGUGCGCGAGCUGGCCCUCAAGCCCAUCGACCAGGGCGACGCGGACACGGACGGGGCGUGGGCGCAGGAGCUCAACGAGACCAUAAACAAGCUCGACCAGCUGCUCAUGAUGAAGGAGAGCAACCAGCAGAAGCGCUCCAAGUUCACGGCGAGCGCGCCGCGCAACUCCAGCGCGCCGGCGAGCACCGACGCGCGGCACCGCGCCGGCACUUCGCCGGGCGACUCGUGGCCGACCGGCACCAACAUGGCGCGGCCCAAAUCCGCCAGCCGCGACGCCCUAUACGAACAGGGCGCCGCCGCCCCAACGAAGGACCGCUCCAAGAGCAUGGUCUCCCUGGACGUGCUCGCCCUCGCGCGGGACGCGACGCUCGCCGACCGCGAGUCGUACCUGAAGGCGGUGAUCGAGGACAAGUCCCCCACCGGCACCUACACGGGGAGCAACUCGGAGGCCAACGACAGCCCCGACGACGUCCUGAUGGUCGAGUGCGACUCCAGCGACUCGACGAGGCCCGUCAUCCGGAUGACCGGCUCCACUGUCACGGACAGCGACAACAGU